GCGGGCUAGUCAGCAGUGUCUUUCACUGAGUGUAUUCAGCUCUAACCUUCACAGAGAGGAGUGCAGUCAACCCGAGCGAGUUGCAUCCAAACUGGGAGAGGACAGUCUGCGGAGCAUCAGCCAGCCGCAACCUCGCUGCAAACGGACACUGAAUGCCAGGGAAAUAUGGAUAUGGUGCAUAACAACAGUUGGAGAUUAGCAACAGUUGAUGAGUCUCAUCUCCUCCAUGAGAAGCAAACAUUGGCACUCCUGAGGUUGGAGAGGAGCAGUUUUGCCAUCGAGCCUUUUCCUUGGAGUCCUGAGGGUCCAUGGCUGCAAUCCAAACCUUGAGUGCAUCCAGUGAUCGCAGCAGCCAUUGCAACAACCUGUACCCUUGCUCCCCAGACAACAGCAAGUGCAACAUGGGAAGUGUCGGUAGUUUAAUGACUGAGAAACAAGACCUUCUAGGAGAUGGUCUGAAGAGUAACAGAAAUGGAAACGCUUACAACAUCAGGCAGCCAGAUGGGCUGUUUAAAAAGGGGUUGACCCAAAGAGAGUUACUGAACUACCUGAACAGCACCAAAAAAGGAUCGAAGGCGGAGAAAAGGAUUGCAUCUGGGAGUUCUUCCAUGGAACGCUGCCGAAAAGAUGGACAAAAUGAGAUUUAUGGGAAAACGUGUUAUAAAGAUGGGAAGGAGAUUGAUUUGACAAAGAAUUCACUUCCUGUUGGAGGGAAAUUUGAAAAGGCUCGGUUCCGAUCCUCUGCCUUCAAGCCUGUGGUGCCAAAGAACUUCAGUUCAAUGCAGAACCUGUAUCCGCAACAGACCAAAGAUCUGUCUGACAGCACAGCCAGCCUCAAUAUCUUCAGCAAGAUUGACCAUUCAUCACUGAGGAAUGGAAAUGAAAAGCAGGAUUACUUCAGGACUGUCAGUCAAGAGGAAGACAUGUCUGACUCUGGGCGGAACUCUAUGACUAGUCUCCCUCCAUGUGGAACAGGCCUGAAGCAUCACGUAGGGCAGAUAAGUGCUUCCAUGGGUCAAAUCAACCACAUUGGGUCAAAUUACCUUGAUGGAGGAACCAAGGAGGUGGCAAACUCUGACAGCGGGCGUUUUUCCUGUAAGAGUAUGGCAGUCCUCAACCGGUUGAACCCUCAGGGCAAUAUGUCCCCCUCCUGUGAGCUUUCAAGGUCGAUGGAAGAUGUCGUCAGGGAACUGGAGGACCGGCUUCACGAGAAGGAAGUGGAGCUCAAACAUGUGAGGAGGAACUUGGAUGAAAGCGAGGAUGCCAUUGCUCAGGUGUUUGAGGAUAAACAAAAGCUGUGGGAGAAGGAGAUGGGUGAGCUCAAGCGUAUCUACACCAGCAAGCUGCGUCAGGUGACCCAGCAAGCCCAGCGCUCCCAGCGGACUCUGCAGCUGCAGGUCUUCAAGGUCCAGCAGGAGAAGAGGAGGCUGCAGGAGGAUUUUGACAAGUUACUGCAGGAAUGUGAGCAGCUCAAAGGCCGAUGUACAUCUUACAGGCAGGAGCAAGACGACUUAACCCCAAUGCUAGAGGAGACCAAAUGGGAGGUCUGUCAAAAGGCUAGUGAGAUUGCCAUGUUGAAACAUCAGCUGCGAGACUCACAAGCAGAGGUGGCGGAGAAAUUAAGUGAACUGUUCAGCCUCAAAACGCUCAUCCGCGAGCUCCGGGUGGAGCUUUGUACCAAAGAUGAACAGCUGUUGCUAUUAAAAAACUCUCUGCAGGUACAAUGCAUCCAACUGCCUAAGGGCACAAAUGCCCUGCAGCAACCAGAGGAAGCCAUCUUACUCCAAGAAGCCUCUCUGAGGAGAGAUGGAGCACCAGAAGAACUGAAGGCCUUCUUGAGCGGGGAGACUGAUGAUCUGAAGGCUAGAGGCCUUCAGGAGGACAGUGCCCAAUCUCUUGCCCUCCAGGUUGAGAGGCUUAAAGCAGAACUGUUGUUGGAACGAAGACAGUGUGAGGCCCAGGCAGCCAGCUUUGAAAUUGAGAGGAGUACCUGGCAGGAUGAAAAGGAAAAGGUUAUUCAGUAUCAGAAACGACUGCAGUCCAGCUACUUGGAGAUGUACCAAAGAAACCAGGCCCUGGAGCAAGAAGUUCAGGAGAUUGCAGCCAAAAUGGAACUAACAGACAUUGAUGUCAAGCAGAACCUACCAUGGAUAGAAAGAAUUGAAUCCUCUGAAAUCUGACAACUGCCAAGCAGUGAAACUGUAUCAUUCAGUGUUUGUAGAUUCAGAACAUUCAUUUAAAAAAUAUAUAGUAUAGUGUUGGAUUUCUCAUGGUGACCAACUACAUUUUACAUAGGGUGAUGGUUGUAGCAUUUGGGUGAUAUGGCUAACUUGGACUUAAAAAUA